CGGCUACUUUCAACACACUUUUCAAGAUGCAUUCGUUCUUUGUCAUCACUCUAGUUCUGUUUUCAUGUCUGUGUCUUGUUGGAGUCACCCAAGCCGUUGCUGUUUCAAAGGAAGGUACGCAAGAUGAAGCUUUUGACCCUGAAAACAUUCUAGAUUCAGGCAAACUGACCCAGACAGAAGAGGACAAGAUCUCUGAUAUUAGAAAACAAGUAAUGUUCCUUCAGGAAUCCGUUGCUGAGAUCACCCGUUCCUUCUCAACUCGCGAACUCGUCGCGAAGAAUCCAUCAAUGAUGGCCAAAAUCUACACUCCUGACUCUCUCGAGACCGAGAGUGAGCUGGGAGAACCUGAAAAGACACGACGUCGAAGGGAACUCGACUCGCCAUCGGCUCUCCCGACAUCGUUCCCAUCAUCUGCUACCGAGCAGCCAAGCCUAGGUCAGAACCCAUCCGGACCAUACUCAUGGCCUUUGUAUUCCGGUCAAUGUUUCUUGUGUCCCGCUGGUGUUCCUGGACACAGUGGUCCUCCAGGCCCGCAGGGGGUCGCCGGAAGGGACGGUAGAGACGGACGGGAUGCACCGACAAGUCCCCAAGAAAUACCCAGCGACGAAACUCACCCAACUGAAUCCGGCGGCGAUGCGGUAGUGCGUCCAGUAGGUAACAUGACAAGUCUUCCUGGUGUUAUCUACAUUCGCUGGGGGUAACGACGUAUGUCCUGAACACGCAGAACUCAUCUAUUCCGGUAGGUACAGAUGGGUAAUA